GUUAUACUUUGCGGUAGGCGGUUGUUCGUGUCUUGAUUCAUUAUUUUAGAUGUUUUUUGUUGUACAUUAAUUCAAUAAUAUUUAAAAAAAUAUAUAUACUUUUUUUUACAAUUUAAACAUUUUAACAUUUAGUAAUCAAAUCAUGCGUGUAUCAAGCUGUUGUUGCUGCUUUUCAUUGAGAACAGGAACCUUAAUUCUUGGUUAUUUAGGAGGGAUUGUAUAUACACUCGUAUCUCUGGGCAUUAUUCUUAGUUUACCAUACAUUAGAGAAGAGGUAGAAGAAGAAGAGAAGGAUGAAUCAUUGACACCAGAAGAACUUGAACUCCUUGUUACAUGGACAAAAGUCGUUUCAAUUGCAACCCUGGUUGUAUAUUUAGGAAGGAUUCUAAUAAGUGUUUUAUUAUUGAUUGGUGUUUAUAAGGAAAAACCCAAACUAAUCAAGAUUUAUUUAAUAGUUGCAAUUAUUGGUGUUAUAAUAGACCUAUUCCCUGCUGUUAUAUUGCUUAUUGGAUGUUUUUCUAAUACGAAAUUGAUUGGAGCUUUUAUUUCAGAUCUACUUGCAAUUGCCUUACAUGUAUAUUUCAUAACGGUAAUACAUAGCCAUCGUAUGGAAAUUAUAGAAAUUGGAGGAUCCAGUAGAGGCGGUUCCAAUUUACCCCGUCAGGCCUAAGGUUGAUGUAAUCAAAAUUGGAAAAAUUUAAUCAUAAUAAUAAAAUAUAUUGUAAUAUAUAAGAAAAAGUUAUAACAAAUGUUGUCCAUUUUUUUUAAUAUAUAAGCUUACCGUAAGGUUUAAUUUUCGAGACUGGUGUAGCGUUCGCAAAAUGAUCAAUUAUAACUCACGAGUUUAAUUUACGAAUAUAAUACCGUUAGUUUUCGUUGUUUUUAUAGCACAAGUGUGUUAAAUAAAUUACAAAAUAAUUCCUAUUCUAUGUUCUAUAGAAAUCUGAUACAUUUCACUGACGAGAAGCUGUAAUAAUUAAUUUGUUCAAGCGAAUAAUGCUUUUUAUGUAUUAAUAAAAUGGUGUGCGUAUUAAUCAGCUGUUAAAGUUUCCUGACUCAAUUAAUCACUUUGAGAAAUUAAAUUUUUUUUGUCAGUUACAGUUACAGUUACAGUUACCUGAUGGGCUAUGCAAUUAAUUCCUUCGCAUUAGCUUAUACUGCGUUAAAAUGAGUAUCUCAUGUUUUGAUUAUAUUCAAACUUUGUUUUUCUUUUUAAAUAAUUGUAAUAUUCUUGCAUUGAUUUUUUACUGGGUUCACAAUUAUAAUU